AUGCAAAUGCGCAGCACUGCGGGAUUCCUCUCGCAGGAGUUCCGGAGGCACGCUCGAUCAAUUGCUGCCUCCUCGUCGCGACGCAGCGACGGCUCUGGUGCUGUGAGCAGCCAGGGCGACGGAGCGUUGGAGAGCGAUCAACCAUCAAUUGCGCCGACCGGUGACACAUCGGAUCGUGCUGCGACGCCUCCUCCGCCAUCCGAGGAUCCUCCGCCACCGCCUUCUGCGAAUCAGCCUCCGGAGGCGUCUGAAGAGGCCGCAAAGGAAGGUGGCGAUGACGAGGAGAUGGAAGACGACUCGGCUGGACAAGAGCCCAAAGAGGAUGAUAAGAUGGGUGACGGGGAGGAGCAGAAAGACGAGGUCCCCGGCAAGGCCCCGCCUUCUGCUGCCCGAACCACCGAUAACCCUCCGGAACACGGCGUGCGUUCCAGAGCCCGCGGACCACCGAUUGAUGUCCGCCCAGCCAGCACCGCUGCUGACCAAGCCGCAAACGAUCCGAAGAAAUAUAGGAUCGAGGGCCCUGGGAUCAAGGCGACAACGAUUCAUCGCCCUGAUCAGAUGCCCCAGAGAGGCAUCGAUUCCAUCUCGCCGAUAGUGCAGUACGAGAUGAACUCCGUUCCGGUGGCGCUACCGGAAUUCGUCGUCCCAGGACUCGAU